AUGGUCGUUCAGGGCGUCCAGUUCAUACCUAGAUUCGCAGGUGUAACUCCGCAGGAGUUCAUCUCUGCCAUCGCGGAUCAAAUGGGCGAGGAAAGUGCGAAGCUAGUCAGCCAGGCCUACAAUAUCACUCCAGAUAUGGACCAAACGCUCUUUCUUUCAUCUGCAUUGCGGUGGAUCGGAGAUGCGAUAUUCGACACACCCCAUCACGAGUGGUCAAAGUACCUAUCUACACAUACCAACAAGAAGAUCUUUCGCUACGUCUUCGAUGUCCGUAAUCCAUUCCCCGGUAGCCCGCUCUAUCAGCAGGCGCACCACUGGGUGGACAAGUACUUUCUCUUCAAGACGCUGCAAUCCAGGUACCCGACGCAACGACUCAAGGACAUCUCGACAAGACACGCGCAGCUUUGGGUCGAGUUUGCGAACGGGAAGUCUCCUUGGCGACAGUACCAGUACACAGGCAAUGGUGAUGACAUCAUCAUGGUGGCGGACGAGAGAGAGGGCUGGGUAGAAAGAACGGUUGCGGAUCACGAGAAAAUAACUGAGACUUCGUGGAAGGGGUGUGAAGCGCUUGUCGCUAGCUGGCAGUGCCAGAAGGGCAAGGCCUUUUCUCCUGUGGACAUUGAGCCAUUGAGCGGAAAGAGUAUGGUUAGAUUUGAUGACUGA